AUGGAAGCACGACGGAGCAAUUAUCGGCAAUUUGUUGUCGGAACAAUCGUAAAUCUCUCAAGUAUGGGGUUUGGGGUGUGUCUUGGAUGGACAGCGCCUGUUUUGCCAAAGUUAGCUGAUCCAGAGAUGAAAGAUUCGCCUUUAGAUGUGGUUCCGACGGAUGAAGAAGCGUCUUGGAUUGGGUCGAUUUUGGCAAUUGGAGCGAUUAUAAGUCCCUUGGUUGCUGGACCAUUAGCUGACAUUAUUGGUCGAAAAUGGACUUUAUUGCACAGUUCUUCAUUUUUUAUCGCUUCUUUCGUAAUUUUACUGACAACGGGUACUGUAACUUGGAUGUACAUCGCUCGUUUUCUUCAAGGAUUGGGAAUUGGCUUCGUAAUUACCGUUCAACCGAUUUACAUUGGAGAAAUUUCCACAGAUGACGUUCGAGGAGCUUUGGGAUCUUUUAUGCAACUUUUGAUCGUUGUUGGAGUACUUUACGUCGACGUUAUUGGUCCUUACGUCAGUUACAAUGCACUUCAAUGGGCUUGUUUGGCAGUUCCGAUAGCUUUUGUGGUUUUAUUCGCUAAAAUGCCCGAAACUCCCGCUUAUUACUUGAAAAAGGGGAAUAAAGAAGCUGCUCUUGCGUCGUUAAGAUUUUUGCGAAGCAAUUCUGAGGAAGAAAUUCAAAAUGAAUUAAAAAUUAUUCAAAAAAGUGUUGAAGACUCACAAAAAACCAAAGGAUCUGUCUUUGAUAUUUUCAAGAAAAAAGCUUCUUUGAGAGCGAUUAUCAUCAGUUCAGGUCUUAUCGCCUUCCAACAACUUUCUGGCACAAAUGCGAUUUUAUUUUACAGCACAAGUAUCUUCAUUCAAGCCGCUGGAGGAGCUGAAAAUGCUUUAGAUCCAAAUUUAUCAACAAUUAUUGUGAGUGUUGUGAGUUUAAUUGGAGCUGCAGUUACCCCUUUGAUCGCCGAUCGCUUGGGCAGGAAAAUUAUUUUGCUUUUUUCGGCAGCUGGAAUGGCUAUUUCGUUAAUUUUUCUCGGGCUCUAUUUCUAUCUUGACGCGCAAGGAUCACAAUUUAAGGAUCUCGUGAAGGCUCUUUCUUGGCUUCCAGUGACCUCUGUGAUCUUUUAUGUCUUUGUUUAUUGCGUUGGAUUCGGUUCCGUGCCAUGGGCAGUUCAUGGAGAGAUUUUUUCGCCUGAAGUCAAAUCCACAGCAUCCACAAUUGUCGCAAUGACGAACUGGAUUCUUGGUUUUUUGGUUGCUAAAUAUUUUGUUAAUAUCGAUGUUGCAUUAGGAACUCAUUGGUCAUUCUGGAUUUUUGCGAUUUUUUGUAUAAUUGCGUACUUUUUCACGCAAUUUUUGUUGUUUGAGACGAAAGGAUUGACUUUGCAACAGAUUCAAGAUAAAUUGAAUGGAAAAUAAAUUAAAAAAUUAAAAAUUUAA